AUCUCUCAACCAUAUACGGAAAGGCAACAUACCGGAAACUAAUGGAAAACGCACCAAACAGGCACUCUGAUGUCGUCCUUAAAAGUACGGAAGACUGCGCCAUUUGCUUGGACAAAAUUCAGGAGAAGAAAACGUUAAAGUGCUUCCACUCUUUUUGCUCAGAGUGUAUCGACUCUGUUUUCAAGUUUAAGCCAGCUUGUCCGAUAUGCAACACCUACCACGGAGAGCACACGGGGACCCAGCCGGAGGGCACGAUGACGGUGACGCGAAGCUGGCAGCGCCUGCCUGGCUUUGAGCACUGCGGAUCUAUUAUUAUACAGUACAUUUUUCCAGCAGGGAUACAAGGGCCUGAGCAUCCAAACCCUGGGGUGAGGUACAGCAGCACCUCUCGUAUUGCCUUCCUGCCAGCCUGCGAGGAAGGUGAGAAAGUCCUGAAACUGCUGAGGAAAGCCUUCGACAGGAGACUCACCUUCACCAUUGGGCGAUCUGUUACCACAGGCCUCAACAAUGUCAUCACCUGGAACGACAUCCACCACAAGACCAACAUAGGAGGUGGUCCACAAAGUUUUGGAUAUCCAGAUCCAGAAUAUUUGUUCAGGGUUCAAGAGGAACUUCGUCGUAAUGGAGUGACAGAGGAUGACUGAUGGGUGAAGACAAUUAGAAGACAUCCUUCAAAUAGAUUUAAUACUGUGUAUUGUUAUAAAGAUUCUGAUUUCAGGUCUGCACUUUCUGCAGUCCUCAAGCAGGGGCCUUCAUCACUGACACUUUAAUAUGUUUUGUUUUCUUCCUCUUUUUCUAUGGAAUUAUUAUAUUGAGACAUGAAGGUUAGAGGCUUUUCCCAAAGAUUUUAAACUGUCAACUAAGUAUGCCAAAAAACACAAUCUGUACAGUAUAUUAAUAUAUACAAUGUUUAUAGUACAGUAGGUACUAAAAGGUAGUAAAAGAGCAAUUUCAAUAAUGUAAAUAUGCCAUAUCUCAUCUUUUUAACACUGGAUCACAGGUCUGGUGCGUAAAAGCAGCCAUAGGAGGCAGAACAGGUGGUAAAAGCAGUCUUCACUUGGUCUGGCUCACAGUCGGCUACAAGGAUGCAGUCAAAACCGGCAAACUAAUCCUGAGGGCUAAAGUGAGCAGAACAGAAUAAAGGCUGGGCAUAGAUAUAGAUAUAGACUGUGGUGAUAUAUCCUGAUGAUGAUGUGGCCGCAACUGUCCACAACUCUGCAACUUGGUUUUAUCUGUGGCACAUUUCUGAAUGUAACUGGAAUGGGUGCACCAACAUAUCAUUACUGUGGUAUAUUUCAAGCUCAAACUGUUAUGAAAUAAGCCUACUUUACUAUAGCUGACAUUGGGUGACUGCUUUGACAUUGUUCAGUAUGAUAAAUUCAGGUUCUGUCCACACAUUUCAGCCAGUGAGGUCCAUGUAGGAAACCACUGCACACUGCAGUUUUCACUGCUGUUGAAAACUGUGAAAUGGAUAGGUAAAGUUUCCUAGGGAAAUGAAAGGCGAUAAUGUAUUUGGUAUUGUCAUAGGUAGUGUAUUAUGUUUUAUAGGAUAAGUCUGAUGGUAUUCUAUGUCUCUUACUGUCAACAAAUCUCACAAAAAGACCAAAACCAACAAUGAAUUGAUCCUACUAGCAAGUAUUGCCUGUGUAGCCAAAACCUACAUAAGAUGUAGCUUAUUCCUCUGUGCCAUAGACCACUAUUGUAGUCCAAAAACUAAUAAAAACACAUCAACAGGUGACAUGUUUCUUCAUUACAGUGAACAUGGAUACUGUAUGUUGUUUUAAUUUGAUCCCACAUACACAGUCCUGCUGCUGUUAAUAUUCACUAACGUACCAAAUCCGUGGCUGAAAAUAGUCUCCAACAAAUGCACUAUUUGCUUCUGUGUGAGUUACAUUUGCUAAAAACAAUAGGGCCCAGCUGUUUUAGGAAGCCAUUUAGCCGUUAUAAAAAAUAAAAAUAUAUAUUUGUGAAGAUUUGCAUCUUCAGUACAAAUGAAUGGGCUCAGGAACGAGUGUCACAGACAGGCCGGGGAAGUCGGAAAGUAUUGACAGAUGAUCCUUUCAUGGGAUAUGUUGACAACAACCAAAAAAAUCGAAUAUCACCGGUCUUAUCCUAUCAUCCUAUAACAUGUUUAAUACCACGUUAAUUAAUCUUGUGCCUUUAUAUGACAUCAGUCAAUGUGUAUUAAAAGAAGUCUCAAACAAAAGGACUAUCAGGAGUGAUCAGACUUCACCAGUCCAGUUGUGGAUCUAUCAAGCUCUUUUAGUCCGAAUCAAACAUCUGAUAUUUUUCGGUCCACUAGAGGGUGAUGCUCUCCUUAAAGAAAACUAUGUGAUGGCGUCUGCUUGGUAUGCAGCUGUAUCAUCAUCACAAACCCACAGUCCCGCAGCACCUCCCAAACCUCAUCGCCCAAAGUCAACGAGAGGAGCAGAGCAUCUGCUAUAGAUGAUGAGUCAUGUGUUUCUAUGGUGCUCGGGGCAGUUUUAGCAGCAGUGUACUUAUGUGUACUGUAUGUACAACGUGGGAACGGUUAUCACCUUGUGUUUGACCACACUGAACUGAUCAUUUCUGGAUUUCUUAUGACAGUGCAAAUACUGUUAGCACAUUCAUAGCAUAUUCAAUUUAAUUAAUUAAUAAAGACAAAAUAAUUCAA